UUCGCCUUCAGAACGCAUUCAGUAUUUGUGGAUGUAUGUAUACCUGGAUUGAUUUCUUGACGACAUCGGUUGAAACAGUUCCAGCUUCUAUGGCUGCGGUGACAGCCUUGAAGCAUGACGUUUGCCGGGAGACCAGACCCAACUCUCAGUCCGAUCUGCGGGAGUUCUCCUUAGCUGAUGUGUCCGAGCACUGUGAUAUCCGCUCCUGUUGGAUAAUUAUUUCCGACAAAGUUUAUGAUGUUACGAAUUUUAUACAUGAGCAUCCCGGUGGUUUAGAUGUGAUAAUGGAAUAUGCUGGAUCUGAUGCUACGGUGGUAUUCAUGGACAAAGGUCACAGCAAGGACGCCUAUAUGUUGUUGUCUGACUAUUACCUAGGAAACGUAAUCAAGGAGGAGAGAAUUAUCAAAUGACCAUCAAUAUCAGCUUUGAAAUGAGCGGGAAUUUCGUCACCCAAUACCAAUUCCAGUCUUCGUCGUGUAAAUGGCAAAUUUGUACCUGUAUACCUUAUAUAUUGGGCGCUUUUCAUUAACGUUGUCAUUUUUUAAAGUUGGGUCAAAAGUUAAUGUUACUCUGACAACGCUUGUUUUGGCUAACAAAAUUGCCACACCAAAAAUUGCUGUUGAUUCCUACCAGAUAGUAUACCUCUAUAAUGAAAUCCUUCAUGCGUGGUAUCUGUUUUUAGGGUUGAAGAGGUCCUUAAAUACAUUAUAGAACAACCCGUUUGAAAAUUGUUAUUGGUUAUUUUAAAAGGCAGCACUUGUAACGGUAUAAUUUGAACAAAAAAGUUUUUGAAUAUAUGUAUAUUUUGAAAGAUGUAUAUUUUGGAAGAUAUUUGUCCAUUAUUUUUCAUCCAUAUACAUAUCCUAUUAUUGUUUCUCUUUUGUAGAGUUCAGUCAGAUAUGUUUUUGUAAAAGGCUUUCUAUAUCACAGUUGUGAUGACUGAAAUCCAAGCAUGAAUUGCUCAUUUGAUAUUGCAUGUAAUUUUCCCCUUGAAUGAGGGAAUAUGUGAGUUAUACUAUGUGAAUUUCGCUCACCUUUCUAGCUCAUGUGAGCUGAAAGUUGAAGUGGACUUUAAUUUUAUAUUCCAAAUUUGUUUGUCAUCUGUCAAUAGUCUGUAAGCUUAUCAUAUUUUUAACUUCUUCUAAAGAAUCCCUGGUUCAAUUUGGGCUAAACUGGGCAAAAAAAAAAUUCCUUGGAUAAAGCGAUUCAUGUUUAAAACAAGAGGGUAACUGAACCACUAGGGUACAAUAGGUGAAAUUGGUAUACAUUCUUCUUGUAGAUUCAAGACACGGUUCACUUUAACACACACACCAUUUGGUGAAGGAGGUGGCGUAAUGGGGGUUGAUAUUUUACUUGAGGAAAAUGCAACUGCUCAGGUGAUCGAUAUGGCCCAUGAGGGGUUUUUUUUUUUGGUCUCACAAUUCCAAGACGUUUUAUAACAUUUUAGGAAGUCUUUCAUUGAACUGUUUACUAUGUUUGCAUAAUGUUAUGAAACCAGUUUUCGUCAUGUUUUCUUGUUGUUGUAGGGUUGUUUUUUCUUUUUGGUGUACAAUGUAUGUGCUUUGAUAUCAUCCCAUUAUCCAGGCAUUUUGAGAACUUCUAUCAAUCUCGUGAUAAUACAACAACUCUUUCAAAUGAAGGCACAGGGACACUUUAAAAUGAAAUAUAAUUGUGAGUAUACAAUGUGAAUACCAGCACUGAUUGAUUAUUCUUUAAAAAUUGAUUUGGGCGUGGUAAGCAGAUUUAUUUAUUUCAUUUUAUUUUUUGUUAAUAAACAUACAUGUAUGCAUGAA